GGGGCGGCCGCGGGGUGUCGGUGCUCGGCCGCUGGGCCCCGUGGAAGCCCUCCGGCCUCCGAGGCGGCGCGCCAACCCCGGGGCCGCGGGGCGCAGGCUCAUGUGACGGCCGAGCCCCUCCCCGCAGCCGUCUCCCCCCGCGGGCGAUGCGGGCCUGGCCUUGGCGCCCCCGCGAGCCCCGGGCCGGCGACCCCGCCCGGUGAGUCGGCCCCGGGGCCCGAGCCCAUGUCGGACGCCGCCGGCCGCGCGCGCACGCGGUGCCUGAGGAUGAUCGCCCACGUCGCGCUGCUGAGCCUCGCGCUCUGCAUCUCCCUGGCCUUCUGGGUCGUGUCUCUGACCGCCAGCACCUACUACGGCAAUUUACAGCCUAUUUCUCCUUGGCGUUGGCUGUUCUCUGUCGUCGUUCCUGUUUUGAUCGUCUCCAAUGGCUUUAAAAAAAAAAGUCUAGACCACAGUGGGGCCUUAGGAGGGCUUGUGGUUGGAUUUAUCCUAACCAUUGCAAAUUUCAGCUUUUUUACCUCUUUGCUGAUGUUUUUCCUUUCUUCUUCAAAACUCACUAAAUGGAAGGGAGAAAUAAAGAAGCGUCUAGAUUCAGAAUACAAAGAAGGUGGGCAGAGGAAUUGGGUUCAGGUGUUCUGCAAUGGGGCUGUGCCCACAGAGCUGGCCCUGCUGUACAUGAUAGAAAAUGGCCCCGGGGAGAUCCCGAUAGAUUUUUCCAAGCAGUACACCGCUUCCUGGAUGUGUCUGUCUCUCUUGGCUGCACUGGCCUGCUCUGCUGGAGACACCUGGGCUUCAGAAGUGGGCCCGGUUCUGAGUAAAAGCCCUCCGAGGCUAAUAACAACCUGGGAAAAAGUUCCAGUUGGGACCAAUGGAGGGGUCACAGUGGUGGGCCUUGUCUCCAGUCUACUUGGCGGUACCUUUGUAGGCAUCACCUACUUCCUCACACAGUUGGUCUUCGUUAAUGAUUUAGACAUUUCUGCUCCCCAGUGGCCAAUUAUUGCAUUUGGGGGUCUGGCUGGAUUACUAGGAUCAGUUGUGGACUCAUAUUUAGGAGCUACAAUGCAAUUUACUGGUUUAGACGAAAGCACUGGCAUGGUGGUCAACAGCCCAGCGAAUGAGGUGAAGUACAUAGCGGGGAAACCCAUUCUUGAUAACAAUGCAGUGAACCUGUUUUCUUCGGUCGUUAUUGCCCUCUUACUCCCAACUGCUGCUUGGGGUUUCUGGCCCAUGGAGUGAACUUUUUUUUUCCUUUACAAAGGUUGAAAACUGUGGUAAAGUCAGCUAAAUUUGCAAUUCCAAGUUUCAUCCUAAGAAGAAUAAUUGUAAUGGCAAAGAGGAAAUACCAGCUCUUCCCAUAUUCCAUUGUGAUGAAAUUCCACAUUUUUCCUCUCACUAACUACCCUGUAACAGCUGACCUCUUUGUAGUGAAAGAUGUGUGAAUAGACCUUAUUCAUAUUUUUCUUCUGAAUAGAGCUUCUUAAGCAAUGAAACUAUAAUGUCCCUAUAUAUUGCUGAGCUGAAUGUUCCUACGUGGUAAAUAUAAAUUUUGUUUUGUUUAAACCAGUGUAGGGACUAAAAGUAUAAUGCCACUAGUACCAGUUGCCCAAAUUUUAGUUUUGGGUAAUUUAAACUGAUGUGUGUGGAAGCCUGAAUAAAUGUAGUCCUGGACUUCUUCCAUUACUUGCUAUUUCCAGUUGUGAAAAGUGUGGAGUUUUAAGUUCUUAGUAUGCUACUCCACAUUUGUUUUUCCUUCCUCAGGGUUAGAAUGAAAAUAAAGUAUAUGUCUUUUUCAUAUGACCAUUAGAAUGCACGAAAAAAUUAUUUUUAAGUAAAAGUGAAAGAGAUUUAUCUUCUAUCUAAAAAAGUGCACCUUACAUUUCAGUUGAUUUCUGAGCAGAAAUUAUUCUGAAUUCAAUAUUUGUUAAUGUAUUUUCUAGCUUUCUUUGAAAUUUGUAUAGGAAUCUGUUUUACUUUGGCAUCCUGAAUAGUUAGAGUCACUGGAAAACUAUUGUAAUUAGUUUUUUCGUUUGCUGCCUAGAAUUCAUUGGAAGAUGCUAUGACUUCUAUUCUGAGCUUAAGUUAUGCUCUCCUGUACAAUACAGACUCAACUAAAAUGAAUUCUACUUUUCUGUUUUGUCCUUCACUAUAAUUUACUACUGUAUGCUAAAGGAGUUUGAUAUGGUAUGGAUUAUUUUGCUGAAAGUAUUUGAAAAUAUUUCUUAUGUGGUUUCCAUACAUCUCCCUCUGAAAGAGAGAAAGCAAGCAAGCAAGCAGCAAGCGAGCAGUUGACACCCUAAACCCAGGCAACAGAGGAGAUCUUAAUCAUUGGUUUUCACUUUUGGGUGUACAUUGGAAUCACUGAGCAUCUUUUCAAAGAAAUACUUGUGUCUGGGCUACACUUCCAAGGAUUCCAGUUUAUCUGUUCUGGGGUAGAGCCUGGGUAGUAGGACUUUUUAAGGGCUUGAGCUUACAACCCUAAGAUCAAGAGUUGCAUGCUCUCGGACUGAGCUAGCCAAGUACAGGGUGUUUUUAAAAACACUAGCCAAGGCCUCCUCUAGACCAAGUAAAUCAGACUAUCUGAAGGUAAGGCCCAUCAUAGGUUAUUUUUAGAAAGCUCUCUAGGAGAUUCUAAUUUUAAACAGGUUGAGGGGGAUCCCUGGGUGGCGCAGCGGUUUGGCACCUGCCUUUGGCCCAGGGCGCGAUCCUGGAGACCCGGGAUCGAAUCCCACGUCGGGCUCCCGGGGCAUGGAGCCUGCUUCUCCCUCUGCCUGUGUCUCUGCCUCUCUCUCUCUCUCUCUCUCUCUCUCUCUCUCUCUCUCUCUGUGACUAUCAUAAAUAAAAAAAAAAAUUAAACAGGUUGAGAACUACUAAAUCAGAAUGUCCUAAAGCACUCUGUAAAAGAAGCUUCAAAAGAGUGGGGUUUUUCCUUUUUAUGCAGACAACUGUUAGCAGCAGCGCUGUAUGCUGUCUUGAUGCAUUAAUAGCUUCUGGUAAUUAUGCCGUGUCCUAUACAUCACGUAACAGAUCAUUGCUGUGUCAGUUUGUGAUGCGGCCUGCUUAUUCCUGUAGCUGUCCCAACAUGCUUUUUCUCUUUUCCUGGUGAGUCAGCUUCAUGACAAACCAUGGAAUAAAAAUAUUUAUUGCAACUAAUUUUGGGUUUGGUAAAAUCACCGUAUCAUUAGCAAUUUCGGGAAACACUGCUUGACAAGCCUUCCUCAGAAACCUAGGGCUAAUUAUGUUUUGGAAUCACAACUUUCAGAUUUUAGAAAACUAUAACAGGAGAUACAUUUUACUCAGACUUCCGCAAGAGGCUAUGGUAGCCCCCAUUCUCAAAUACGCUGUUUCUAUGGAAUGUAUGAAUCGCACCACUACAUGUGAUGAUGAAGACUAUGAAGAGCCUAAGGUCAGGUCAGUUUUGUCACCAAAUUUAGGGAGAAACUGUUUUCAGAGCUUUUUUGGAUAUGAGAAUUACAAGCAAAGAAUUGUGACUCUUCUUAAACAUAGAUGUAUUUUAUUGUAGCAUCCUUUGUAUUGGAUAUUUAACUAGUUCAAUCUGUUCUUCCCCUUUACUGAGUGAAGCUUAAAAUAAACGUCACUUUAUUUUUAAAAUAAAAACACUUGGGCAGCCCAUGGUGUGAUCCUGGAGACCUGGGAUCGAGUCCCGCAUCGGGCUCCCUGCAUGGAGCCUGCUUCUCCCUCUGCCUGUGUGUCUGCCCCCCUCUCUCUCUAUGUCUCUCAUGAAUAAAUAAAUAAAAUAUUUUAAAAAAAUAAAAUAGGGCAGCCCUGGUGGCGCAGCAGUUUAGCACUGCCUGCAGCCCAGGGCGUGAUCCUGGAGACCCUGGAUCGAGUCCCAUGUCGGGCACUCUGCAUGGAGCCUGCUUCUCCCUCUGCCUCUCUCUCUGUCUCUAUGAAUAAAUAAAUAAAAUCUUUUAAAUAAAUAAAUAAAUAAAUUAAUUAAUUAAUUAAUUAAUUAAUUAAUUAAUUAAAAAAUAAAAUAAAUAAAAUAAAAUCACUUUCAGGGAACCUGGGUGGCUCAGUCGGCUAAGCAUCUACCUUCAGCUCAGGUCAGACUGAUCUUGGGGUCCUGGGAUCAAGCCCUGCACUGGGCUCCCUGCUUGACAGGGAAUCUGCUUAUCUAUCUCUCAUCCAGCCCCUCCCUCCUGCUCAUGUUCUCCCUCUCUCUCAAAUAAGUAAAAUCUAUAAAAAAUAAAGUAAACCAAAAAUAAAUACACUUUUGUCAGGGCGCCUGAGUGGCUCAGUCUCUUAAGCGUCUGCCUUUGGCUCAGGUCAUGAUCCCAGGGUCCUGGGAUUGAGUCCUGCUUUGGGCUCUCUGCUCAGCGGGGAGCCUGUUUCUCCCACGCUCUCUGCCCCUCCCUCCUGUUCAUGUUCUCUCUCUUUCUCUCCCAUGUGCACUUUCUCACUCUCUCUUAAAUAAAAUCUUUUUUAAAAAUAAAUAAUUAUGGGAUCCCUGGGUGGCUCAGCAGUUUAGUGCCUGCCUUCAGCCCAGGGCAUGAUCCUGGAGACCCGGGAUCAAGUCCCAUGUCAGGCUCCCUGCAUGCAGCCUGCUUCUUCCUCUCCUGUGUCUCUGCCUCUCUCCCUCUUACUGUGUUUCUCAGGAAUAAAUAAAUAAAAUCUUAAAAAAAAUUAUUAAAUAACCAUACUUUCAUAGAAUUCCAUGUAACAGUUCACAAAACAGUAUGUCCUGCCUACCUAGGCAGCCCAAAGGUGUACAUACCAUUUCUUAACAUACUGUUAUGCAGUAGAGGAGAGGAAGGUGUGGGGCUUAAGGCUUUUGAAGCUUUUGAAGGAGACCUGAAGACUUGAAGGAGUAGCAUUUGAUGAUGUAUCGGGACGUACCAGAGAACAAUGAAUUGCUACAAUAAGUCACUCCAUUCUUUCUCAUUACUUGGGUUAUGGAUGCCUCAGACAAGGUGCAAAUAUCUCUGUCUUAUUUCUAACUCCUGUAUAUGCAGGACGCUGGCUUCAGAAAUGCCAGCCUUAUCCCAAUUAGAUAAAGACAGUAUGGAGAAAAAUCAUGCAAGGUGAGCUAUCCUAAACUGCCUCGUGCCUGUAGUAUGGACAGCUGCCCCCAGUUAUGCAUAGUGGGUACGCUGGAACCCAAUCAUCUGAUGUCCCUGGUGUUUCAUCUGCUUUUCUAAUGUCAUCACAAUGAAAAAAAAAAAACAAAACAAAACACAUUAGCCAUCAAAUUUCAGGUGAAUUUACAAGCUUUUAAAGAUAAAAACACAUAAAAAAAAAUAAAGAUAAAAACACAAUUAUGCAGCUAACUUGUUUAAUCUAAUGGAGUAGCUGUUGCUGUAAUUCCAAAAGGUCCUGAAUAUUUUAAAAAGAUACAGGUGUUCAGUAUAUGUUUGUUAAAUACAAGUUGUUUGACUGUAAUCAGUGUUUUCAACAAGAGUCACUGAAAGUUGAUAAUCAGGAACAUUUUUAUGGAGGAAAAUAAAAAAUAAACCAGUUUGGCUACCUGAA